CAAAAACCCAAUCAGACAAGUGGCCGUAAUCUGACUCCCAGUGCACUGGGAGCUGCGGGGCAGGCAAUGAGAGCCUCACUCUGGCCAGGGAAGGCAUGAGUGGCAGACCCGCAGCAAGGCAGUGGGGUAAGUGUGGACAAUUGUGUAGAAGAGAGAGCAUCAUGGUGGCCUUCAGAGGGGUCUGGACUCAAGCUUUCUGGAAGGCAGUCACAGCAGAAUUUCUGGCUAUGCUCAUCUUUGUGCUCCUCAGCCUGGGAUCUACCAUCAACUGGGGGGGAACGGAAAAGCCCCUACCUGUCGACAUGGUUCUCAUCUCCCUCUGCUUUGGACUCAGCAUUGCAACGAUGGUGCAGUGCUUCGGCCACAUCAGCGGCGGCCACAUCAACCCUGCUGUGACAGUGGCCAUGGUGUGCACUAGGAAGAUUAGCAUCGCCAAGUCUGUCUUCUAUGUCACGGCCCAGUGCCUGGGCGCCAUCAUCGGAGCCGGGAUUCUCUACCUCGUCACACCUCCCAGUGUGGUGGGGGGCUUGGGGGUCACCACGGUUCAUGGAAAUCUUACUGCUGGUCACGGUCUCCUGGUGGAGUUGAUAAUCACAUUUCAGUUGGUGUUUACUAUCUUUGCCAGCUGUGAUUCCAAACGGACUGAUGUCACUGGUUCAGUAGCUUUAGCAAUUGGAUUUUCUGUUGCAAUUGGACAUUUAUUUGCGAUCAAUUACACCGGUGCCAGCAUGAAUCCCGCCCGAUCCUUUGGACCUGCAGUUAUCAUGGGAAAUUGGGAAAACCACUGGAUAUAUUGGGUUGGACCGAUAAUAGGAGCUGUCCUCGCUGGUGGCCUUUACGAGUAUGUCUUCUGUCCAGAUGUUGAACUCAAACGUCGUUUGAAAGAAGCCUUCAGCAAAGCUGCCCAGCAAACAAAGGGGAGCUACAUGGAAGUGGAGGACAACAGGAGUCAGGUAGAGACUGACGACUUGAUCUUAAAACCUGGAGUGGUGCAUGUGAUUGACAUUGACCGGAGCGAGGAGAAGAAAGGGAAAGACCCGUCGGGUGAGGUGUUGUCUUCUGUAUGACUAGAAGAUGGCACUGAAAGCAGACGUGAACCCUCAGAACUGUCCUCAGAUUUCCUUCCACCCAUUAAGGAAACAGAUUUGUUAUAAAUUAGCCAUGCACAGGGUUGUUUUUUCAUGUCUUAUUAUUUAGGCUACACAAGAAAUAUUUCUUUGUUCUACCAAGGAGGAAUGGAAGAAACCUAUUGUGAAUUCCAAAUCUAAAAAAGAAGUCUUCUUAAAGUGUCCCAAAAGCAAAUAUGAAUCUAAUUUAUCCUGCUGCCAUUCAUUAAUAAUCAAUUUAAAAUGUGUAUCAAGAUUUGGUUAAGUCUUGCCUGGCAGAACUUAGAGACAUACCUAUCAGUUUAUUCCUCCUCAACCAUGACCCUGGGAUUGUCAAUCCUCGUUUGAGUAUUUAUUCCACUGAGUCAAAUUUUUCAAUGACAAGGGACAGUAUGUCACAAAGUCAUGCACAUUCAACAGAGGAAAUAUAAGAAGCUCUCUUAUGGGAAGUCCCUUAUUAUAAACUACCUUGGCAAAAGAAUAUUAACAAGGGUCGUUGCUAAUGAAAUGUUUCCAUUUUAUAUGUCAAAUACCCAACUUUCAACCUGAACUCCAAUUCAUAAUAUUCCUUCCUUUUCCUCAGUGUCCAAGGUAAUGUCGACCUAAAGCCCAGAAAUUUGAAGAAUGUUCAGAAACCCUGUAUAUUUAUUGGUUCCAUCUAAUAAAAUAUCCAAAGCAUAAGAAACACCUAUUAAAACAAACAGGACAAACAGACUCAUAAGAUUUUACUGGAGUGGAGGAAAAAUUACCAUUAUAAAAAACCAUAAGGAAAGAGGAACCUAUAUUCUGGAAUAAAAUAGUUGAUCUGUUUUCAGUGCACAUCCUCAAAUACACCACAUGAGGUUAAAUAUCCAAGCUUUUAACCACUUAACCAUGUUGCUUAUUUUCUUAAUUUAUUGGCAAAACUGGGGGUUUUGUUUGUGACUUUGGUUAUCUAUAUGUAAACAUUAGCUGAGAUUUCUUUUUCAUAACAAGAACAUAACUAGCUGAAUCCUAACUUUUUGUUAUUAAGCUCUGCUCACUCUGGAAGGUGUCAAGUGGGGCCCUACCCAGUCCCCAUUUCUGCUUCUCUGUCACUUCUCAUGAAGUUCGUUGAUAAUCUUCAGUGUGGCAUGUGAUGGUAUUUUAAUGAAUGAAAAUGCAGGAGAGACAAGGAAGGCCAUGGUUGCAGAGUAAAAGGGUGAGGACAUCAGAACACUCCAUAUUCAGAGCUGACUAGACCACCAAUCUUUCAUUUGUAGAGAUAUUGUACCUAGGAACCCAACACCAUUUUUAAGUAUUUUCAUUAUUGACUCAUUUAUUUGUCGAGACAUCUGUUCCUCCUGAACUGCUCUGCCUUAAGUUAGUAGAAUGGUCUCUGGAAACCCCAGUCUCUAUCAUCUUAACCACCCAGGCUAGACUUUUUCUUAGACAAAGAGCUGCAAAUGUCAAUUUAAUUGAACAAAGAGCUAGUAGGGAAGCGAAAAACCCAUCACUGCAAAGAAUUGCUUGAAAACAAGCUGAUAAUCAAGGGCUUUCUUCUCCCACGCACAGUUCCAACUAUGUGCCACUUUUUAGUGUUAGUAGAGGUGUGUGUAUGUGGCAAAGAGAUAAUGGACCACUAUUCAACCUGAUUCUCUUCGGUGCUAAGAAAAUGAUGUGCGAGGUCUGCAGGGAGGCAUCACACCAGAGCAGUGCCUGGGAGUGUCACUGGUGGUUUUCAUGGACGAUUCCUAACCCCCAGGCCCCUUGCUCAGAUGUGUGGCCAACCACACCCUCCACCAGGGAGACCCAUUGUUUCCUGUUUGGGGUGGCAUCUAUAGGAAGUAGGGUAAGAUUCUAAUGAUGGUUUAUGCUUGUCUUUUCAAACGUUUGUACGGUAUACCACUAAAGGCUUAAAAUCAGGGGAGGGGAGUUGUAAGCUCAAAAGAUAAUGCUAUCAACCAGGGCAAACAUGUCAGCUCAAAAGUUAACAAGGAAAAGUUAAACAGAUUUUUCUAAUAUGCUUACAAUUUGCUGGCUUACAAUCGAUUUUAUUCAGCCAUAUGGUUUACUUCUUAUACACUCACUUUUAUACUCACUUCCAGUUAAAGUAUUUAAUAAGUUAGUGCUUAAAAAAAAAUAGGCAUGAAUGAUGUUUUUGUAAAUUGUUUUCCAGCAACCAGCAGAGUGCCUGGCACUUAGUAGGUAUGUGUUAGUUAAUAAAAAUAUAUGAAUUUCAUUUAGGAUUUAAGAAUGUAAGUAACUUUCUUCUAAUCUUGUUUUUGCUCAGUAUUUAAUAAAAGCUUGAUUUCAAGGACUACUAAGGGAAGGCAAUAUAAAUGUAAAAACCACAAAAUAUAUUUUUGCAUUCUACUAUUUCAGAGGCAUAGAGUGAAUGGAAAGCUUUAGCACUUUUUUUUCCCCUGCAUAUGAGACAACAUAUUUUGUAUUUCACUCAAGGCUCUGCCAGUAAAAAGUAAUGAAAUUGUACCUUUCUAAUGACACCUAUGCAGCAGGGGUCUAUUGCCUUGUGGAUGGCACCAAAUUAUCCAAAUGUAUUAGGACACGAGGGCUUUUCCCUUUAAUCCCUUCUUAUUAAUGAAGUGCAUCGUGCUGCUCCCAGGAGAGGACUGCUGACAGAUAGACAGAAAGAGAUCAGAGAGAAAAAACUGGAAGGAUAUAAAUGAAUUAUACCCAGCCAGGAAGCAAUGCCAAGUGUCUCUUCCCUAUGGAAAAAUACAACAAGCACCCCAAAAUUGUGAGAUGGUCCCUACAAUGAAAAUGUAUAUAGUUUGUCAAAAGAAGUACAAAGGGUAAGAGUCGUUUUUAAGUUUGCCGGGGGGGGGUGCUUUCUUAAAUAUUUGGGGCCCAGCAUCUGAAUGUAUUUUUUCAUUGUUGAAGUUGGCUUUUCUUUUUUCCCAAGAGUCCUAAACUUUUACACUGGAAGGAAAUAUUUUCUGGUACCUAAACUGUUGCCUAGAUGUAAGAUUCCUGUACUUUGUGUCUACCAUUUGAUGCUUUUCAUAAAUUCUUCCCCUUUCUGACUCUUCUCCUAAUGUAGUUGAUAUGUCCUAGCUGUCACUCAGUCUGAAAAAAAAGGGAUUAGAAAUAUCUGAAUAACAUAGAUGAUGGCAUUAAACUAUCUGAUUAAUUGUUAAAGGUCUGAUUCCAAAUAGGACAGACUAUUCUUCUUAGGCCGUGAAACCCUGCAACUUAACUUACUGAUUUCAAUUCAGUAACGAACAGGAAAAUUCCAAAAUAGAGUAGCAAACUGAAGCACUAAAAUUAAUCCUAUUGAGGCCCUUUGUUGCAUCGUGUUGAUAUUAUCCCUGCCUGUUGUGAACAUUUCACAGAGAAAUUGCCUUUGUGACAACUAGAUGACAGUAGGAGCUCAAGAGACAGCCUUAUCAGAUAAUACAAGGCCAAUAUAACUUGUCCUUAUAAGCACUAUAGAAUGGGCAAACUCAGAAUAUCUUAUGCCUGAAAGUAAUUCUGUCUUUAUGUUUAUGUUCAUGGCAUCAAAAUUUUUAGGAAGACGUGACUACUAUCUGGAAAGUGCACUGAACAAAACUCACUUUCUUUACCACAAAUUUUGUGUGCUUGCAUUGUAUUGUAAUACUUUAUAGAUCACCCCAAAAUAGCAGUAACUUUUGAAAUUCGUAGUUCUCUGAAAUACAUAGAAGACAUUUAAUUUGGGGCUCAAAAACUGUGGCCACUCACUUUUGCAGAUGACCAUACCCUAUGAAAGCAGUUAUAGUGUCACCCACACCUGUUAAAAUCCAAGAGCUAAAAAUUACACCUAAUCUAUAUAACCCGUUGGAAUAUAUUUUUAGAUUCUCUUCAGGAUUAAUUAGAUAAGCAUGCAGUUUAUGCAAAUAUAAUUGUUUAUCACUUUUAUGACCCAAAUCACUAUUGUAAUUCCUGAUAAACUGGUGAGAAUAAACUAAGCAUAUGAUUAUAUUCACAAUUAUUUAUUAAUGGAAAUAUUAUCCCAACAUCAGAGCUAAUGUUGAGAUUUAAACUGUAAUGUCUAAAAUGUCUAAUAUUUGGAAUAAUCUAUUAAGUAUUAGCAUUGUAGUUGAUUUCCAUGAAUUGCAUUGUAUCUCAUACUACUAAGUUUGUGCAAAUAAACUUUUAAUGUUUAAAAAGU